AUGACAGUCGACAUCGUUGACCACUCAAGUCUGUUGGCACGGCUGGUGAGUUGUGUCUUCCGCAAACGUGUUGCAGAGGGCCCGGACCUGGGGCUGCAAUUUCUGUCGCUGCCGCCUGGAGCCUGUGAUGUACUGGUGCCCUCCAGACUUCCGGGCCUCGAUGGUGGCAAGCCCCUGGCCCCGUGGAAGCUGGUAGAAGAUCCAGCCACGCUUCCAGACUUGCCACCGCCACCAGGCUUCCUGAAGAAAGGGAAGGGCAAAGGCAAAGGCCAGAGUGCUUCUGGCCUGAAAGGUGGUCUUGGCAAGAGCAAUUGGAUCGCGAGCUUCACAGGCCAAAAGGGAAAAGCCAGAGGAGCAAGCCAGGUGGAGCAACCUGACCAACAGGCCAGAGCAGGUUCCCUGGCAGUUGGCCGCUUCGGAGUUGAGGAGAACCCAGUUCCGAAUUUCGGUUGCUUUGAUCCCGAGGAGCUUAAGCAAAGCACGUUCAACUGCACGACUCUGGUUGUGGAACGAGGAUGUUGUAUAGUUCCAGACGCGUUGCCGAGCCAUUCAUGCACCCAGCUCUGCGGCUUGAUUGAUGCUGUGCUCGAGGAGGUGCAGCAGAAAUUGCGCAACGCACCAGACGAUAAUACGCGUGAUCAAGUCAGGCUAACAGAGCUGGGGUCCGUGCAUGCAGAAGACCACCGAUGGGAUGUGAAGCUGCCGCUUUGCUCAGAGGUGCGCUGCGCAGUGGAGCUGCUAGUUUCGUCUCUGGGAAGCCUUUUGGAAGAUCUGGUCUCCAGAGAUGCUGUCCUAGCAGAGCUUGCAUGUGUAGUGAGCGAUCCAGGCGCCAAGCAGCAGCCACUACAUGCAGACACACUCCGGAUAGGCAGCGCGUGUGCUCCAUCUGUCACGGUGUUCGUGCCUUUGCAAGACACACGGGCGGCCAUGGGCCCCACAAUUCUUUGCCAAGGAACCCACAAUCUGGAGUCACACCUGUCACUCUUCAAGUGUGAGCAAGUCUUCAUGCCGCAAGACGUCGUUGUCAAGAAGCAUGGUGGCUUGCCUGCAAUCUCUGCAGCGGGCACGGCCAUCAUCAUGAACUCCAAUUUGCUGCACUGUGGCGGUGCCAACUUGCCGGAAGCCAUGGGUGGCAGUAGACGAAGACUGUUCUAUGUGACGUUUCAGACGCCUGGAAACACACCAGACAGGUCGUCUUUCUCUCUGCGAGAGGACUUGCUAGAGGAGUACUACCUCUCAGACUUCGACUCCGGGCCGAGCCUAGAACACUCUCCUGACCCGGUCCGGAAGGAUCUGCUUCUGGGCUCUCUGAGAGGUGAUAGCUCAGCGAUGCUGGACUUGGGCAUUUACCUGCAAUCUCAAGGCGAUCCUGGCGCCGUGGAAUACUUCCGCAAGGCGGCCUUGAAGAAAAAUGUGAAAGCCUUCGCCUACAUGGCAGAUGUGUUUGAACAAGGCUUGUUGGGGAUCCCCCGAAAUCCGGAGGAAGCCACAAAGCUGCGAAACUUCGGUCUGGCCAUGGAAGAGUCGAUGAACAUGGAAGCUGGGAGCGACUCACCCCCCGCCUCCGCACAUCUCCAGGUGAGUGAGCAGAGUGAGCAGAGACAUUUUGGUGCUGCAGAAGCUUCUGAAGACAACCCUGCGUCAGCGAUGAGCAGUGCCUGA